AUGAGAUUUCAAGCAAUGUUGUACGCUACCGCGUUGGGAGUGGUAUCUGCAAACGACCUCCACCGAUGUGGCACCAGCGAGCCGAACGCAAAGGUCAAGCAGGAGCUUGAUAGAGCAUAUGCUAAGGGUACCAAAAAUAUCGGGAGAGCGUCAGAAAUCACAGUUGACACGUACGUGAACAUCAWCACAACGACUGCAAAGGAAGGCAUGUAUUCACCAGAUCAAGUCAAACAGCAGAUAAUGGUAAUGAAUGAUGCAUACAGUGUCAUGGGCGUUACAUUCAACGCAAUCAGUGUCAACUUUACCACAAACGAUGCCUGGGCAUCUGCAAGUAUGRGCAGUACAGAAGAAGCCGAAUUAAAACAAGCUCUCCAUCAAGGCUCCUACGCCGACCUCAACCUCUACUUCCUCAGCGACCUGCCGGACGGUCUGCUAGGAUUCUGCUAUUUCCCCGUCGACGACCCUUCAAAAACCGAUCGCACAGUAGACGGAUGCAUGAACCUCGCAGACUCUCUCCCCGGUGGUAGCGCGACCAACUACGAUCUAGGAAUGACUGCUGUGCACGAGACGGGGCAUUGGUUCGGCUUGUAUCACACAUUUCAAGGCAGCGCUUGUUCGGGCGAGGGCGACUCUGUGGAUGACACGCCUUUACAAAGCACGCCUACGACGGGAUGCCCUUCAAAAGCGGACAGUUGUCCAAACUCACCUGGCGCGGACUCGAUCCACAACUACAUGGACUAUUCAUAUGAUUCGUGUCUAUAUGAGUUCUCCGACGGUCAGGUCGAUCGAGCGCUUUCGAUCUACGACCAAUAUCGGAAAGGAAAAUGA